AUGGUUUUCAACAAGUUGAUUUCAUUCCAAUUGGACUAUGCCCCGCAGUACCAUUUGACAAAGUACAUAUCCAGCAGAACUCGUCUGCAACUGGUUCACAUAAACCACAAGUCUUCGCCGUUGGUGCAAGGUUACUUUGCAGUUGCCACAGAAUGUGCAACAGAUUCAGGAACUCCUCACACUUUGGAGCAUUUGAUCUUUAUGGGAUCGCACCAACAUCCUUUCAAAGGGCUGUUGGACACGGCAGGUAAUCUAUGCAUGUCGUCGACGAAUGCUUGGACAGCCACCGACCAAACUGUGUACACUCUAACCAGCGCCGGCUGGAAGGGCUUCAAGCAGUUGUUGCCAGCCUACCUGGACCAUAUUUUGCAUCCUACGCUGACCGAUGAAGCCUGUCUGACAGAAGUUUAUCAUAUAGACCCGCAAGACUUGAGCGACAAGGGCGUUGUUUAUAGUGAAAUGGAGGCGAUUGAGUCACAGAACUGGUUUGUUACUAUGCUGGAGAAGCAGAGACUAAUGUUCAAGGAAGGCAGCGGUUACAGGUCUGAGACCGGGGGAUUGACACCCAAUCUAAGACAAUUGACCAGCGAGGACAUCAGGAAGUUUCACAAGCAGUCAUACUCAGCGGAUAAUCUCUGCCUUAUAAUCAGUGGUAACAUCCCCGAGGGUGAGCUGCUUGAGAUUUUGCAGCGGUGGGAUGAUACUCUACCAAAAUUUGAACUCGUGGGUCGUAAAAGGCCUUUUGUAGAUUCUGAGAAUUCGAAAAUUCCUGAGAGCCUAUCCGUAAUGAGUGAAUCUGCCGUUGAAUUCCCAGAAUUGGAUGAGAGUCAAGCAGAAUUACUGUUUUCUUGGAUUGGGGAGCCCUAUCACGCAUAUGUGAAUGAUUUGGCCGCGACCAUGCUAAUGGAUUAUUUCACUGAAACUGUCCUGGCGCCCUUCUCUAAAGAAUUGAUUGAAAUUGAGGAACCGUACGCCAACUCCGCAGAUUACUGGACAGACGACUUCAGCAGAACUAUCAUUAACCUGGGUAUCCACGGUGUCCCAACUGAGAGGUUAGAAGAAACAAAACAAAAGGUGCUACAAAUAAUGAGUACGCAUGAAGUGGACAUCUCCAGGAUGAGGAAAGUGAUCGAUAACUAUAAGUGGGACUAUGUGUUGAGAUGUGAGAAGAAUGGCGACACUGUCCUAUCUCAGGCGGUUAUCACCGACUUCCUUUAUGGAAAUGAGGAUGGGUCUUCAUUGGAGAAAUCCCUGAAAGAUCUUUCUGAUUUUGAUGAACUUCAAAAGUGGUCUCAAGAAAAAUGGCAGCAAUUUUUGCAUCGUCUUUUUGUCAAUAAUAAGCCAGUCAUUAUUAAAGGCGUUCCCAGUUCAUCAAUGUAUGAGCAACUACAGAAAGAGAGAGAGGAACUGAUUCAGAAAAGAGAGACUGUAUAUGGAGUUGAGGAGAAAGCGAAGCUUCAUCAAUUGUUAAGCUCCGCCAAGUCACAUAAUAGCAAGCCCAUUCCCUCAUCACUACUAAAGGAGUUUACGAUCCAGGAUCCAAGUGACAGUGUGAAUUUUAUCACAACCAGAAGUAUCACGGCAAUCGAGAAUUUUGAACACAAUGAUGCGGCCGACCAAGUAACGAAGGAUAUCUUAGCGCAAAGACCGAAAGAUUUCCCCUUAUUCCUUCAUCUAGAACAUUAUCCUUCGCAAUUUGUGGAAGUCCAUGUUUUGUUGAACACAAAUAACAUUAAAGACUGCACCUUGCUACCUUAUUAUCAUAUAUUAGAGGAGAUAUUCUCUAUGCCAAUGGAGGUGGAAGACGGUAAAAUAAUACCUUAUGAGGACGUUGUGUCCCGCCUGCAAUCGGAAACAAUCGACUCUGGGGUCUCUAUGGGCUUAGGAAAUAGCGCAACCGAUCUGAUCGAUAUUAGAAUCAGGGCGAAAGCUGAAAAUUAUGCUAAAGCCGUGGAGUGGAUCAAGCAUUGCCUUUUCGAUAUGGUUUUUGAUGAGAAGCGUGUCGCAGUUCUUCUUGAUAAUUACUUGGCAUCGAUCGUAGAGCUAAAGAGAGAAGGCGACAUUAUGCUUGAAUCACUAACUAACAGAAAAUUGUACUCCACAAGAUCUUUGAAGAAAUCCGCAGAUCCUCUUCAUGUCGAAGAUGUCCUUCAUCAGGUUUCAGAAGACAUAAGAAGUGGUCGUUAUGAGCAAAGCGUUAGACCAAAAAUUGAGAUUGUCAGAGAGCAAUUGAGAUCGAAUUUUAGCAAGCUAAGCUUUUUGAUUUUGGGAGAUGCACUCAAAAUCGGUCCCGAUGUUUUCAAGCCCUGGAAAUCCCUAAUAGAGAGAUUUGGUAGCAUUUCCUCAGGCCAAGAAGUUAAACUUCCACCAGUACCUAAGUUGCUAGACGCCAUCUCUUCUCUUUGUAAGGAUCCUCGGGAAAAGGCAUUCAUCAUCACCACGCCAGCCUCUGAGUCGUCUUACAUGAAUGUUAUUACCUCCGUUCCAUUGAACAUGGAUUAUCGUCAUCCAGACUAUGCAAUCGUGGCCUUAGCUUCGGAAUAUUUGCAGUGCGUUGAAGGGCCAUUUUGGAAAGGAAUUCGUGGCGCUGGUCUUGCUUAUGGCGCAAGCGUUUUGGGAAUUCCGGAAGCGAACUCCUGGGCUUUCCACAUCUACCGAGGUGCAGAUAUAUUGAAAUGCUACCAGGUUGCCAAAGAAAUUGUUGAACAACAUGCCUCAGGUGCUAUUGAGAUUGAUGAACUACUGCUCGAGGGAGCCGCCAGCAUGAUAAUUAACAGAAUAGCUACAAAGGAAAACAGCUAUGCAUCAGCAGCUAUUGCUAACUUCACUGAUAAUUUUAUUCUAAAGCGUGGGCCUCACUUUAAUGAAUACCAUAUAAAGAGGCUAUCCGAGGUCACCAUCGCAGAUAUUCGGAACAUAAUAAAGAAGUACUUCGUUAAUCUCUUCGAUGCGCAAAAGAGCUGCGUUUUUGUCAGUUGCCAUCCUUCGAAGCUGGAAGUAACUCAAGAGUUUCUGGAAAAAGAAGGCUUUACAGUUGAGGUUGAAGAACUUGAUGAUGAGGAGGAGGAGGACGAGCUUGAAGAAGUUUCUGAGGAAUAA